GGCCUGAUUGUCACCUGAUGACAUAUUUUCCAUUUUAUCAUUGCGUUAUCAAUUCGAAUUUAAUUUGGUUGGCUUUUGCGGAGAUGUUCAAUACUUAAUCGUUCUUAUGAAUAUCUAACUAAAUUCAAACCAUAAUUGUGAAUAACUAAUGCUAUAAAAUCGUAUGUUAGUUAUAAAUCAAAAUGGAAUCUAAAACUUUUGAAGGUGUUACAGAUAGGUACAAUGGUAUUACAGUAGAUUCUCAGAAGGAACCUUGUGAAAUAGAUCAACUCUUAAAUCAGCUGAAUGAAUCGAUAAGAGUGUGGACUGAAGCGAACAAACGCUGUAUAUGGUUCAAAGUUAACAUUAAAGACGCAGCUUGGGUACCAGUUUUAGCUAACGAAGGCUUCAACUUCCAUCAUGCCCGUGACGAUUUUGUCAUGAUGUACAAAUGGCUUCCUGACACUCCAUCAAACUUACCUCCAGCUUGCCAUACAAACCUUGGUGUUGGUGGAAUGGUGUUCAAUGAUAAAAAUGAAAUAUUAGUAGUUACUGAGAACUACAUUGAAUUCCCACAUUGGAAACUCCCUGGAGGAUAUGUGGAAAGAGGAGAAGAUAUAAAAGAUGCAGCCAUAAGAGAAGUUAAAGAAGAAACAGGAAUUGAUGCUACUUUUGAAUCUAUGGUUACACUGAGACAUACCCACAACACCAUGUUUGGAAACUCUGAUAUCUAUGUGAUUGUUUUGUUAAAAGCCACAUCAGAAACAAUCACAAAAGCCGACAAUGAAAUUAAGGCAUGCAAGUGGAUGCCUAUUGAAGAAUAUAUGAAUCACCCUGAUGUUCUUGAGUUCAACAGAUUUAUUGCUAGACAAGCUCUAGAUCUGAAGAAUAGGAACAUAAAAUUGCAGCUUCGUAAAGAAAUGCUUAGACUCAAAAAUUUGAGCAGGGAAAUGACAGCAGUGGUAAUAGAAGAUCUUGAUAAGUAACUAUGGCAGCAUUGUUCAGGGUCAUAUGAUAAUAGCAAAGUUGUACAGAGAUAAGUUAUAUCUUAAUAUGAAAUGAUAACAAUAAGCUGUUAAUUUAUACAUUUUGCAUUCAACUUCCGUCUAUUACAGUUUAAUAUAGCUUUACCGUAAUUAUUGCUGUGAUUGAUGUAUUGCUUCGCAAAUACUUGUCCAUGGGAUAUGCUUAUAUUUUUUUAUUGUUAUACAGAAUAUAUACAGUACCGUUGAAAUGUGAUAAUAGUAAAAUAUAGGGUUAUUUUGAAUCAAUAAAAUCGUAAUUAAAAUCAUUA